CUAAUCCGUGCUUGUGUCAAAAGCAAAACCGGCUUGCAAGUUUGUAUUAAAACGUUUGGUCGAUAUUUUAAAUAUAUUUCGUUGAUUCUGAAGAAGUCUGAGUUACAAUAUGAGCGGAGACUGUAAACAAACGGAGCAAUUCGAUUCUCUUUUUCUUACAAUCGCGCAACAUCAUCCAGAGGGACCGCACCAGCUUCUCGAUACAUUUGUAAGCUUUUUGGGGCGUAAAACUGAUUUUUUUACCGGGGGAAAUGAAGGCGAUUGGGAAAAGCUUGUGAUGAAUACUUUCAAGAAACAUGAAAAAAUCAGUCGCUCCAACCAUGAGGCCGAAAUCAGAGAAAGAAAGGAGAAAGAAGCCGCCAAAAAAGCUAAACAGGUGACCGCACAAGCGGCGCAGCCCGCCCAAAUUACAGAACUUACAGAGGAAGAAGCUGAAAAAUUGCAAAAGGAAAUCGACAAAGACAAAGGAGUUCCGUCAUCUAGUAGCAGCAGCAGCAUUUCUACAGCCGAAAAGUCUUCUAUAUCUGAGAAAAUCGAUGAGGACGAGGAUGAGUCGGAGAAAGGCAAACUUAAGCCCAAUAAAGGGAAUGGGUGUGAUUUGGAGAAGUACAAAUGGACUCAGACCUUACAGGAUAUUGAGUUGAGGGUGCCUCUGGACAUUAGCUUCAGGGCGAAACAGAAGGACGUGGUGGUGAAAUUAACUAAAAGGCACCUGACUUGCGGCGUCAAGGGCCAGCCCCCGAUCAUCGAUGACGAUCUCCAGCACGAGAUCAAAAUGGAAGAGUCGACGUGGGUCAUCGAGGACGGGAAGUUGUUGCUGUUCAAUUUGGAAAAGGUCAACAAAAUGAAUUGGUGGAGCAAACUGGUGGCCUCGGAUCCGGAAAUAAGCACGCGCAAAAUCAACCCGGAACCGUCUAAACUGAGUGACUUGGACGGCGAAACGAGGGGCAUGGUCGAGAAGAUGAUGUACGACCAAAGGCAAAAGGAACUCGGGCUGCCGACCAGCGACGAACAGAAAAAACAGGACGUCAUCAAAAAGUUCAUGGAACAGCACCCCGAAAUGGACUUUUCCAAAUGCAAGUUUAAUUAGCGACCUUUCCAUUUCUUACGGAUAAGUAUUGUUUUCUUUAAGCGCUAUCCACCUAUAAUUUCGUUAAGGAUAAUCAAACUGUGGAUAAUGCCUAUUAAUUACAUUUUUAAAUUAUCGUAAUAAAACACGUAC